CCCAGCCCAGAGGCUGCAGCAGGGGAAGCGAGGCAGUCCACGGCCGGCCGCCAGUGCUGCGCUGCUGGAGAAGCACUCAGCAAUGGCCGAAAGCUCAGCUGCAGCUGAGGUAGCAGCAGGGACAGCGGCACCAACUGUGCUAGAUGAGCUCCUGGAGAUCACAGCUCAGAGCCUGGUGCGCACUGAGGUGGCUGAGCACUAUGAAGUUAUUCGGGAGCUGGGCAGGGGCAAGUAUGGCCACGUGAUGCUAGUGACCCACAGGCAGAGAGGGACUCCUAUGGCUCUCAAGCUGCUACCCAAAGCCAGUACCAAGCUGCACACCUUCCUAUAUGAGUAUUGUGUGGCACUCUCCCUCGCCACCCACCCUGCCAUCAUCGGCAUGUUUGGAAUUGCCAUCGAGUCCAGCCAGUACUAUGGCUUCCUCUAUGAACCAGCACUGCACAAAGACCUCAUCUCUAUCAUCAAACCCCGGGAUGGGAUCCCUGAGCCAGCUGCUAAGCAGUGUGCCAAGCAGCUCGUGAGCGCGCUGGAGUUCAUCCACAGCCGAGGGCUCGUGUAUCGUGACGUCAAGCCUGAGAAUGUGCUGCUUUUUGAUCCCGAGUGUCGACGCAUCAAGCUGACUGACUUUGGUCUUACACGGCCCAAGGGUACUAAACUCAAGCUGGUGGCUGGGGUAAUCCCCUACACUGCUCCCGAGCUGAGCAACACUGCUGAUGCCCAGGGGGUGCCCAUCGACACCAGCUUGGAUGCCUGGGCCUUCGGUGUGCUGCUUUUCUGCCUGCUGACUGGCUACUUCCCCUGGGAGCAGACCCUGCCAGAUGACCCUUUCUUUGAGGACUUUAUGCUGUGGCAGGAGACGGGCCUGGAGGAGGACCUGCCCCGCCACUGGAAACGCCUGACGGCUGAGGCUGCCCUGAUGCUGCGGAGCUUGCUGGCCCUAGAUCCGGCCAAGCGCAGCCCCGUCAGCGGGGCACUGCGCUACGUCGAUUGCCCUUGGCGGCUGGAGGAUGGGGGCAGCGAGAAAGCUGCGGUGAAGCCCUAGAGCCCACUCCCUAUGGAGGGAGGGAAGGUGGGUCUCACCCUGCAAGGGGCUUCCAGCUCUGAGGCACCAUGGUGGCCCACAUGUGAAAGGCCAUGGUGACACAGAGAGCAACUUCUCUACAGUACUGUCCCUGCCGCUAUGGAGCCAGGCUCCUUCACCAGCUGGUGGUCCUCAUCCAUGGCUCAGUGCUGCCCAGUGCCACCUCCUUGUGCUCCCUUGGGGCUUGAAAGCAUCUCUUUUUUCCCUGAGAAAUGACUGUCUGCCUGUGAAGCACCCACUCGCUUCCUGGCCACAGGGACUCCAGGGUGUUUUCUAGGGACUCAGCACCUGCCUUGUCUCAAAAUAGAGCAAAAUAUGCA